UCUCUCUGCUUCACCAUCGCUUCCCCGCUAGGCACAAUGCUUCACAAUGUGGAGCGCUAGCAACAGCAACAAACAGAGAACAAUGCCAUCUCACCACCACCACCAGCAUCAGUGCACUCGCUCGCACCAGAUCGGAGCCUUACUCCUCGUCGCCGCGACCUUCUUCCUCACAAGGCUCCUAGACUCCCCUUGCACCCUCUCCACCACCACCGUCCGCACACCGCGAAACCUCCCUGAAGAUCCGUCGUCCCUCAAGAUCUACGUGUACGACCCCAACGAGAUCGACAGCUUGAACGAACUCAUGCGCGGAAGGGACGGUAAGAUCACUGAGGAAGCUUGCUUGAAAGGCCAAUGGGGUUCUCAGGUGAAAAUACACAAGCUGCUCUUGCAAUCAAGGUGCCGGACGCGGAAGAAGAAGGAAGCAGAUCUGUUCUUCGUGCCAUCGUAUGUUAAAUGCGCGCGAAUGAUGGGUGGUCUUAAUGACAAGGAAAUUAAUCAUACCUAUGUUAAAGAGAACAUUGCCAUAUGA